AUGCCCGAUGCGUCUGACCAUACAGCAUCGCCUGAGCAGCCUCUAGCUGACAUGAUAGAUCGGAAGCAAUCUCUGGCACCUGGCUGGACAGAGCAUGUCUCGCCCAAGGGCGUGCCGUACUACUACAACGCCGAGACAAAGAAGAGUACCUACACUCGUCCUGUCUCUGUGCUGCCAACNGUCACGCCCGACAAGCCACUCCAUCUGGGCAGCUCGCAACCCGUCGCACAGCCAGACCGUGUCAAGCGAAAGAAGGAAAAGCCCUUGACGAAGACGCCAAUAGCUGGCAAUGUCUUUUACACGCACUCUGAGCACAAGACGUCUGUUUGGACGGCACCGGAGGAGAUCAGCGGACAAGUCGCUCGGCUAGAGGCUGAAGAGAAAGAAGCCAGAUACAACGGCACGCCUUUGACAGCCAUCACAGAGCCCGUUACAUCCACUUCUCGUUCAGCUACUGCAACCUCAACUGCUCCGCCAGCGAAGCGAACGCCGGAUGAGACAGCACCUGGCGUCAGCAAGAAGAGCAAGAGGGUCCACGCGCUUGCCGAUCUGGACAUCGAAAGUCAGCAAAAGGUUGCCUCUGAACUGGCAGCUCUGGACGCGAAUGAAGGCGCCUCGCUCGGACCACCCCCAGCUAGCGCGACAGAUGAGCUUUCCAGCGACGAGAACAAGGCACUCUUUCGCUCCAUGCUCGCCGAGACAGACAUCUCGCCUCUCGCCCCCUGGGACAUGGAGCUGCCCAAAUUUGUCAACGACCCUCGCUACAAGGCUGUGAAGCAGCUUCGCGAACGCCGUGAGCUGUUUGACGACUUUUGCAAGGAAAAGAUACGAGCACAGCGCGCACGGGGGGCGGCGCCGAAGCAAGAUCCCAUCGCUGCUUACCGUGCCUUACUCGUCGCACAUGUCACCUCGACGAGAACACAUUGGGACGACUUUCGGCGGGACCACAAAACUGACGUACGCUUUCGCAACUACGGCAGAGAUGACCGUGAGCGCGAGAAAGCUUUCCGAUCCUGGCUCAAGGAUCUCGGCGAAUUGAAACGGGCGGAUGCAGAACAGGCACAGCAAGCAUUUGACAGGCUAUUGACCGAGCAGACCGACCUCACGCCAGCGUCAAAAUGGGUAGACGUCAAAGGGAGGCUCAGCGUUGACCCACGCUACGACGCCAUCAAGUCUGCAUCGACAAGGGAAGCUUCAUUCAAAGCGCAUCUUCAGCGCCUGGCAGAAGCGCCGCUGGAAUCUGUACAAGAACGUGCUGCAGCAAAAGCAGAGCGUGCACGAGCCAGUCUGCUGGCAAGGCAGCACGAGGUCGAAGCGCAUCAAGCUCAGACAAACCAAGUCGUACAUGCCAGUCGACAGAAGCUCGCCACCGAGGAAGCCGAGCGCAGCUUCAAGGCCGUCCUCAUUGACAACAUUCGAGAUCCCAGCAUCAGCUGGCCCGAAGCGGUCGAGACCAUGACCUUUGACAAACGCUACGAGGAAUGCUGCCGUAUCUUGUCACUAGAAGAGCGCCGCAGAGCAUGGUCCACGCACGUCGCCGAAGUUCACGCCAAAUGGCUGGACGGGCUGCAUACUUUGUUCGAGCAAAACGCGCCUUUCCUCGAUACGCCCUUUUUGUCCAUCUUGCCCAAGAUCUAUGAUCAUCCACUGGCUACCCGAGUAUCCAGCGAUGCAGACAAGCUGGAGCACUUGUUUUGCGACUGGCAACAAUUUCGUCAAGCACGGGCACGCACAGACUUUGAUCGCAUGCUUGGCGAGAGCGCAUUUGUUGACUUUUGGGGUCGCAUGUCGAAAGAAUCUGCAGACGAAGGCGAUGUCAAGCGCAUCCUCGACGACGAUCUCGUGAAUGUGGAAGAAUCCGGUGAUGCUUCUGUCAGCCUCAAGGCAAUGGCAGCGACUAUCAACCUAGAUUCAAUCCAUUCGGUGCUUCAGUCUGACAGACGCUAUCGCGCCUUUGAUCACGAACCCGAAGCAAGAGAACAGUGGAUGCGAGACUAUCUCUCGCGUUUGAGCGCACCUGCAGCCACUGUCCAUCAACGGCAGUCUUGA